AUUUUUUUCUCUUCUUCUGUGCUUGGUGUAGUCUGUGGCUGUCGGAUAGAGCAGAUCUCAGACAUGGUGUAGGAUAUCAGGAAUGGAGUAAACGAUUGAAGUUGAAGAAGGAGACGAGGCCUAUUCAGAGGCUGGAUGGGAGUGUGAAGGAUCAACGUUAGCCUUGGAUCAGGCACAGGCAGUUGGAGGCCCUCCCAUGGAGAAGGAGAAGGAGCAGGACAGUGUGGCCUUCAGUGCCAGUGUCACCAUCCCCAGCACCACCUCAGCCUCCACUGGCAGCAACACCAUAUCAAGUUCCUCCAACAGACAGCAGGCUGUACCUCAGAUAUCAGUUUACGGUGGAAUCACAGACAGACAGACCGUUCAGGUGAUGCAGCAGGCCUUAAACAGGCAGCCCAGCUCAGCGGCGGCUCAGUACCUGCAGCAAAUGUAUGCAGCCCAACAACAACACCUCAUGCUCCAGACGGCAGCUUUACAGCAACAGCACCUCAGUCUGGCCGCAGUACAGCAGGCUAGUAUAGUGGCAGGAAGACAACGCUGCAGUCAGAAUGGCACUACAUCCCAGCAAACUGUGGCCUCACAAACCACUAUAAACCUGGCAACAUCCCCAGCAGCAGCUCAUUUGAUCAGUCGAGCCCAUAGCGGGAGCUCUGUUCCUGUCUGCAUUGCCCAACAGGCCGUUCUGCUGGGAAACUCCUCCACACCCACUUUCACCGCUACCCAAGCACAAAUGUAUUUACGAGCUCAGAUGGCGCAACAAUCUAAUCUUGUGCAAGUAGCUAGAAGCCUAGGACGAGCUGUUCCUUUGUCCCCCCAGCUCAUCUUCACCCCAGCUGCCACAGUCACAGCAGUCCAACCAGACACCUCUGCACUGUCAAUCAACACAACGCCCACCAGUGGACAAGUGCAGAACUUGGCCCUCCGUAGCCAGCAGGGGGUGCUAGCUUCCUCCCUCUCUCAUACUCAGUUACAGAGUCUGAGUGUGAAACAGUCCACAGGGGCAUCAGCACAGCUCGCUGUGAACAGUCAGCCAGUUGCCCGACUGAAGUGUCUUGGAGCAGAGCCAAAUCCUCAGGGAGUUGCAGCAAAGGGCAAUCCUGCAGAGACAUCCUCUGAGACGGUGAGAAAGAAUGACAAAACCAGUGAACUCACAACACAGGAGCUAAACAUGUGUCCCAGUGUGACCUCAGUGAUGGGCCAUCCUCUCAUCAGCACAGCAUAUACUCAAAUCCAGACCCAUCAGUUGCUCCAGCAACACAAGCAGCAGUUUUUGAUACAGCAGCAGCCCCAGAUAAUGCCAAGGGGUCAAGCCAAGCUCUUAGAGGCCGCCACCAUUCAGCCCAGUCUCCAGUCCCACACAGUGAACGCUGUAGCCAUCCACCCAGCCCUGGCACCUCAGCCUCAGCACUGCCCUAUCCCUGUGCUGCCCAAAGUGCCUGUUACUUGUCAACAAGCCACCAUAUUCCAUUCCACCACUGUGAGUCAUCAGGCAAUCACACAGAAUGGACAGUCACCCAUUUUGAGCCACAACAAAACAGCACCUCAAGAACUUACAGCAGUUAACCUCCAGAUCCAACCAGCUCCUACGCAAAUGGGAGUAGUCAAACAGGAUGGGUCUGAUAAGGACAGCGCCGUUCCUCUUGAAGUCCGAGAGCUCUGCUCUGUACAGAGCCAACAGCAGCUGCUAUCCAUACCGACACAAGUGCCAACCCGGACAGAACCAUGCCAAUUGGUCAAACAAUCUGAUCAAAGCCAAGUGACAGAAAACACUGAAGCAGGCAGAGUGAAUGUGAAGGCAGGUGUGAGCUCACCUCCAGCCAUGACCUCGGGCAGCGGGAACAAUGCGCCCACUGUGACCGGCAGCGCUCCGCAAAAUGGCGAGUGUAAACCACCACCACAGGCCAUAGUGAAGCCCCAGAUCCUCACGCAUGUCAUCGAGGGAUUCGUGAUUCAGGAGGGAGCUGAGCCUUUUCCCGUUGAACGUCCAUCAUUGCUGAUAGAGAAUUUAAAGAAGCAAAAGCAGCCUCUGUCCCAGACCUCUCACAAUGCAGACUCUGAGAUGGAAGACCUUUCACAGCAAGAGCUGAAGAAACUGGAUGAGGAGCCAAGACUGUCGUGUGAAUUCUGUGGAAUUAUAGACUUUGCUUAUAACUUCAGGAGAUCCAAGCGGUUUUGUUCUACAGUGUGUGCAAAGAGGUAUAAUGUGGGAUGCACAAAGCGAAUGGGACUUUUCCCAAGAAAAUCGACCUUGGACAACUCAAAGAAACAGAGAGCCACGGAUAUCAAGAAACGGAAUCCAAGUGCUCAGACAGCCAUGGGAGCAUCUAUGUUGUCCCCACACCCCUUACAUCCUAGUCAUGGCGAGUCAAGCCAGUGCUCUGACAUGUCCAGCUAUGAAGAGCCUCUUUCACCACUGUCCGCAACAAGCUCUGGAGCCCAGAGGCUUCCAAAUGAAAACAGAUCCGAUCACAGUAGAGAGAUCUCUCUCCUCACGCAGCACUUCCUGGUUAACGACCCUGCCAGGUGGAAUGUCGAGGAUGUUUAUGAGUUCAUCUGCUCUCUACCAGGUUGCCAGGAGAUUGCAGAAGAGUUUCGCUCUCAGGAGAUCGAUGGGCAGGCCUUGCUGCUGCUGAAAGAGGACCAUCUCAUGAGCACCAUGAAUAUCAAACUGGGACCUGCACUGAAAAUCUUUGCCCGCAUCAGUAUGCUCAAGGACUCGUAGCGUUUUCCACUGUUCCAUCAAGCUCACGCCUGGAAAGGACACCCUAAACUUCUUGGAGGAUUGCUGCUCCUCAAAAUCAUGAAAAACCUGUGUAUACCUCUGGUCACAAUCAAACUAUUGUUUUAUCCUCAAAGGAUAAUUAUGUAAUUAAUUCUGGAACUCUGGUGUAGUUAGCUGUGCCAGGCCCAGAGGGCAACAAUCCAUUUUGUCAGAGUUUGAGAAAUCCCACAGAAGACAAGUACUUUACCAUUUGUGCAAACAAAUGUUCUUGAUUUUAUAGACAGGGAAAUGUAAAAAAAAAAAUGUUUUGGCUUAAACUAUUGGUCUUGCAGUGUGCCAUCAUGAGUAGGUUGUAAACUGUUCAAAUUACUUCAUCUGGCGUUUUCUGAGAAAUUCCUCAAUUUACAUGUAAUUUACAUUUCAGAUUUUGUCCUCAAAAUGACUAUCCAAGAUGUGCCUAAUAUUUUUCUAAAUAUUCCAAAGAUUAUACACAACUAUUCAAACAGGUUUUUCAUUUGCAAGUUUUAGGGUUUUAUACCAGCAUUCAGAUUUAAAGACCACAGCUACAUUUGAGAUUCAAGCCCAUCUCAGUAUGAUCUGAUUGUUUUUUCUUCUAAAUUACUUGUGUACACUAUUCUUUGGAAAUAUACAGUAGUACAGCUUGUGUCUCUUUAUUUUUACAUUUGAUCAAUUUCUGUAUUUAUUGAGAGCAAGUCUCUGAUUCUGUUUUAUAUUUGAAAAUAAAACCUGAGA